UGUUUGGGAGUCAAACCUGGGUAGUUGCUGUGGCAGUGGUGAGGAGAGUGCUACUUUUGGGUCUGUGAGUCAAACCACUGAAGUUGGCUAUGACUCUUGGCAUGAUGUGCAGGUUGCCUUGGAUAUGCCUUUACUUAAUAAGUGAAAUAUGCUGCCAACAACUUCAACAAGGGUUGGAUGUUCCCCAGAGUUAUGGGUACUAUGGUUUCAGGCUUAGACCCCCAGCCCCAGUGAGCCAAGUGGCCAAGAUGCCCCAGGUGCAGGCCCAGAUGGCCUCCAUGCCGGUUGAGAUGCCCCUGCCUCAAAUGACACAAUCCAACCCUUUAGGUAGUUUUGGCAUCUCCUCCAUGGAUGUCAGUGGAGAAACCACUUUUAAUGGUGGUGAUGCUGAGGGUCCCUCAUCAGGGCAAAAGCGCUACCUUGUGGUCACAGAGCCAUCAGGUUUUCAAACGCGCUACGUGGAUAAAUCCUUCAAUCGUUACGUGCGUGGAAAAAGGGAUGUGAACCAGGUGGCCAAGAUGCCCCCAGUGAGCCAGGUGGCCAAGAUGCACCCAGUGAACCAGACGCCCAAGAUGCCCCCAGUGAGCCAGGUGGCCAAGAUGCCCCCAGUGAGCCAGGUGGCCAAGAUGCCCCCAGUGAGCCAGGUGGCCAAGAUGCCCCCAGUGAGCCAGGUGGCCAAGAUGCCCCCAGUGAGCCAGGUGGCCAAGAUGCCCCCAGUGAGCCAGGUGGCCAAGAUGCCCCCAGUGAGCCAGGUGGCCAAGAUGCCCCCAGUGAGCCAGACGCCCAAGAUGCCCCCAGUGAACCAGACGCCCAAGAUGCCCCCAGUGAACCAGACGCCCAAGAUGCCCCCAGUGAGCCAGGUGGCCAAGAUGCCCCAGGUGCAGUAUCACUCAUCAGGGCAAGAGCGCUCCCUUGUCAUCACAGAUUCAUCAGGUUUUCAAGCGACCUACGUGGAUAAAUCCUGAACAUGAAGCCCAGACUGACCAAACUGUAGACUACACUCCUUCAAGGCCCGGAACUCAAACCUAAAUGGAUAUCUAGGAUGCACUUUACAUUGUGGUUAAAAAUUAAAUACUUUUUUCUAA